AUUUUAUUAUCUUAGACGCGAGAAAAUGGCGGACUCAUUGACAAAGUAUGGUAUUUACAUCGAUGAUUUUAGCAAGAUUCGUGUUUUAGAGCCAGAAGCGGCUAAUCAAUCUAACAAACUAAAGGACGAGUGUCAAAAUUUCGUGUCUAAGAUUACCGAAUUUGAGAAAAAUUCCGAUGAUUUCAUCAAAAUAUUGGACGAUUUGGGAAAGGAAGUAGAAAAGGAGAAAAUGAAAACAAUCGGUGCACGGAACGUAUUGCGUUCCAUUGAGAAACAAAGAGAAGCCCAGAAGCAGCAAAUGCAGGCUUUAAUUUUGGAAAAGUCCAUGGAACUGGAACGAUUACGAGUGCAAUACGAUUCUUUAAAGAAGAUAGAAAUGGAACAAUUGGAAACUAUCGAACAUUUAUCAGUGAAUUAAAACCGUUGCAUUAACGUAUUCAACUUUUAAUUACUUUUUCAUAAAUUUUUUUUAAAUUAUUGAACACUUGCUCUUUACUAUAAUAAAAAGC